AGUGCAUGCUAUGCAGUUACUAGUGUCCAAUAAACGAAACGUGGAGAGCAUCUGGUCAGAUUCCUCGUCUCAGCUUCAAUUACAUUUGCUAUAAGUAGCAACAUGAUCUCUUAUCAGGGGACGAUCAAUGGAGUGUCAAACUUCAACGCCGAAAGGGCAGCGACUAAACUACAUAGAGCUAUGAGAGGGAUAGGAAGUGACGAACGAGUGAUUAUCGAAGUACUGACGAAUCAUUCCAACUAUCAACGUCAAGAGGUGAAACAACAGUACAAGUCUAUGUAUAAAAGGUCACUGGCGAAAGAACUGAAAGAAGAACUAGGAGGCUUGUUUGAAGACACCUGUCUAGCUUUGCUUAAGUCACACGCAGAGCAUCGAAUUGACUGUUUAUAUAACGCAGUCAAGGACACUGGUGUUGAUGAAAAAUGUAUCGUCGAAACUCUUUGCCUACAAACUGGCACGGACCUGAAAGAGCUGCACAUGCUGUUCAAAACCAAAUAUAACAAGGAUUUAGAUGACUACUUGUUUAGUAAAGUGAAUGAAGGAAUACGACCUUUAAUUAAAGCUUUAUUAAUCUAUGGGAGGGAACCUAACACUGAUCCAGAUUUAGAGCUGGCAGAAAAUGAUGCACAAGACUUAGCAAAGACAGAGCCUUCUACAUGGGUUGCGCAAAAUAGCAUCUUCCUGAAGCUCUUGACGUCGAGAAAUCCCAUUCAACAACAAUUGGCUUUUCAAGCUUAUAAAAGAAAUACCAACUCAUCAGUCGCUGAUACAAUUAAUUCCAAAUUUAGUGGACCGACGAAAGAAGUCUACGUCACUGUUGCAAAACUUGUCGAAGACCCAUCGCAACACUUUGCUAAAGAACUUCGAGGAUGCUUACAAGGUACAACAACGAAUGAUGACAAAGUGAUAAACAUCCUUGUGUCUCGGUCAGAGGUUGACCUCCAAGACAUUAAAGAACAAUACAGAGAAAAGUACCAGCGACACUUAGUGGAUGAUAUAGCUGCAGAUACCAGUGGAGACUAUAAAAAAAUUAUUCUACGUAUAAUCGAACCGUCGGCCUAAGUGAUAAAAGUCGUAGUUAAUAACAGCUUCAAGGGCGAGACUAUUUCAGGUCUUUGACGAACACGAUGCUGACUAGGCUUUUCCUGCUUGUAAUGUAAUUAUGGAAAAGUAGCUAGCUAUAUGUGUAUGAUAGACUUGUAAUUAUAAUUCAGUAGGACUUUUUUCGUUAAGUUUAAUUACAUACGUGUGUAUGAACAGUAGCCUAUUCUCAGCACAUCUGUUUGGAGCUUGAGUAUUAGGCCCAUUACUCAAAUAAUUGAUCACUUUCAUGCUCAAAUAUCAAAACAAUGGAAAUAAUCUAAUAAUUAUAAUAAUUUAUUCAUCUAUAAAGGUACAUUCCUGUCGUAAUCUGUUAUUGUAUCCAGUUCUAAUGUCCAUUGCUUACGUAUAAAUAUAUAUAUAUAUAUAUACUUCUGUGUCUGUUUCAGAAUUUCGAAAA